CGGUGUCGCUCUAAAGGCAGCAGGGUGCCAGGGACUCAUCUCUCUGACCCUUUGCCUUGCAGACCCGUCCCCAGCCCCACGCUUUGGCGACCAUGGACGCUGAGCACAGGUGGAAGCCAGCAUGAACCUGGGAGAGACCAAGAAAUAUUGAGAUCAAAGGGGGCCUUCGGGUUUCAGCAUCCUGUAAGACUCUACUUACCCGUUUCAAAGCGUGAAAAGUACCUGCAGGGCUCCGGGGAGGAAGUGCUGGCCAGUUUCCCAGUGCAAGCCACCAUUCACUUCUACAAUGAUGAGUCUGAGUCUGAGUCUGAGUCCGAUAAAGAGGAGCAGGAGGAAGAAGCCAGGCCCCGGGAACCUCAGUGCCAGCAGCAGAAGGCCAUGGAGACAGUGGCCCAGAGAGACGCAGUGAAGUCUGGCUUCGGACCCCCCGAAAUGAGGUGA